UAAAGAGACAACAGAGGACGCAGACCAACAAGUACUGUAGCUGCCCCUUUCCCUCAAACAACAACACUAACCGCUAACUUCUUGAAUAACUUGGUUUUGAAUAACAUUCAAGACCAUAUUACCCACUACAAACAAUUAUUAGCAGCAAAUAUGCUACACGACCUUAUUUCUGCGGUUAAGGGGAUUGGAGGAGACAUGUUUGUGGGGAAGGAAGACUUCGGUUUUGAGGUAUCAAAUGAUCUGGGGUUUCUUCAUCCAAGUGAAUUUGCUAUCAUCCAUCAGAUCCUAGACAUUGGAACCCACUACAAGAAGAUUACAAACUUUUGUAACAUUUAUGACAUUGUCAGAGUUAAUACAGAUAAAAUUCAUCGCUGUGGAUUAUACCUGUCAUCACUUGCCACGGCUCUUCGUAAAACAGCACGAACCUUUCAAACUACAGUGGUAGAGCUGGAGUACAGACUGCUGAGUGAUCCUCACCUUCCACUCAGUGAACUGCUACUUACUCUCACACCUACAGCUCCAUUAUUAGCUGCUCUUGCCUCAUUGGUAACUCAGAUUGAAGAUAAAAAUGUUCAUGGAUGCAUGAUUCUUGAGGUUCUUCACAAGCACACAGCGAAUUCUGUGGCACAUGUAAAGCACGUUCUGAUGCGGAUUGAGCAGGAAGUUCACUCCGUGCUGUUUGACCAGCUGACACAUUGGCUCUUGUACGGACUGUUGCUUGACCCACAUCAAGAGCUUUUUAUACACACUGCAACUUGUCAUGAAUCUCUUGGUGAGCUACAGGAUAUGGAUGCUCUUAGCCUUGAAGGAUUUGAUAGUAGUUCUACACUGAAUCCAGAAUGCAAGUUAAGAUUGGAGAUGCUACCCAGUCAUAUACCCAUCUCUGUUGCUGAAAGGAUUCUUUUCAUUGGGGAGGCCAUCCUUGUGUUUGAAAGAGAGGCAAGAAAAGAUUAUGGUGCUGCAGACACUGCAUCAUUGUCACCACAUAGUGGUCAAGUGUUGAAGAGCCGAGAAGAGGAAUUUAAAGGUCUAAUAGAAGCGCUGGGACAGGAAUCAACAUUCUCCAUCUUACAGUUCAGUCAAGUCAUUGAAACCAUAAGGCAUUGUGUCUCUCAGGAACUCUGGAUAUUAGUAAUGGAAGCAGGAUUGGUAGCAGAAUUAGGCGACUUGAAAGCAGUCUUCCUUCUGGGCCGAGGAGAGCUGUAUCAGACGCUCAUUCCAUCGAUCACACCAUUCCUUCUUAAUAGUUCGGCCAAUGCCAAUUUUGAUGGAUUGUUCCAGUUAGCAGGACGACAGGUGUUACUGGAAGAGGGGAUGCUGGAAAAGUUUACGCUUUCUCUGAAACCUCAGCCUGCUGUAACCUCCAUUCAGACCAAAGCCCAAUCAGAUAAAAGUUGGCGAAGUCUAAAGCUAGAUUAUCAUGCCAAGUGGCCACUACAUAAGCUGUUGACUCCAGGAGCACAAGACAAGUAUAAUGCCAUUUUCUCAUUUCUGUUGGAUGUUCGUAGAGCUCAGUACCGCCUGCAACAGUUGUGGAUCACACAGAUGCGGACCAAAUUCCAUAGAAAAAGUGAGGCUGACCGUCUGCAGUGGACGCUGCGGCACCAUAUGAGUCUGUUGGUUGAUAACAUCCAAUAUUAUUUACAGGUUGAUGUUCUGGAAUCACAGCACUGGCAGCUCAUAGCUGACAUUGGCAAGAUUCAGGAUUAUCAACAUCUGGCCCGAGCCCACCAUAACUUUCUGGUGUCGGUCUCGGCCCAGUGUUUCCUUAAUAACUCAAUGGUCAGUAACUCUCUACAACAGCUACUGAAACUAGUCCAUAAGUUUUGUACCAUUCUUGAAUCUUUAUUUAACAAUGAAUCUAAAGAUAGGAAUCUGGCACUUAGGUCUGUAGUACCCCUUGGUACCCAGCCAGUAAUCCUAAGUAGUGCCGAACAAAUAAUGGAGCUGAAUGAGGCAUUUGAGCGGGCAGCAGCCCAGCUGUUCUUUGUCUUGUCUAACUUACGACUUCAUCAAGGCUCACAAUAUACAUCCCAGCUGAUCAUGAGAAUAGAUUAUAAUAAAUACUAUAGCAAAAAUACAGCUGUGAGAAGGUUCACGUCUCCUCUUGAUGCACUCUAAUUCUGACGAGUGAUAAUGUUUUUUGCUAUAACAAGUUGUAAAGAAAAACUGUGCUGAAGGUUACAGUUGUCACACAAUAUAUUACAUCGGCUAGUUUUGAAAAAUGUGUAUUUUUUACUUUGUUUUCAGCUCCAGCUUUUUGUAACUGACCUGGCAAAAUUUGUGAGAAUAAUCCAGUAAUAUUUUUAUUAUGGCAUUUCUACCACGUCAUCCAGUCACUGACAUUGAAUGUACUUGUGAAAACAUGAUCUCUCCUUGGCACAGUUUUUAUAUAACUAGCCUUUUAUUUUUUUUACAUACUCAAGGGUCAUGGAUUUGUUUUGUUUUAAUAUCUGGUCUAAGAAUGAUGUCUUGGAUACCAUUAUGUAACUUGGUAUGAGGUACAUAUGGAUAACCUAGUCUGUGCUUUUGCACUUUCUUUUUGUGACCUAUAGAGGGUAGAAAUAGCCUAAAUUACUCUAUCCUUUUGAGAUGUAUCUUAUUGUCUCGGUAAACAUACUUGAACUUAAACUUUGUGACUUGUGAAUGUAGGGAUCACAUUUUUACUUGCUAACUAGCUACACAUUAGGGAUUUAAUUUUAAAUUUCUUUUGUGGAGAUUUAGUUAAUGCCAUAUUCUUGUUAUGACUUGGCAUUGAGGUCUUGUGGGUCUUUAAGAUUUGAAUUUGUUCUAUUUUUGUUCAAAUUAUUGUCCCACUACCAUAUGUAACCUACACUAGAUUAACACAGUUUACAGUUGGCUUCAGUCAGGUAGCGGCCUGAUGCAGUGGUAUACUGUAUUUCCAUGUCUGUAUUGUGCAUAGCUGCAACAGAUUAAGCACUUGUAUAGCCCUUUGCUUUUGGGGAUAAUAUUGUUAAUUGUCUUUAAAUCCAAUGUAUGUUUGAAAUGGUAAAUGCUAACCUAGCAAAUUAUUGUUUAAAAUUACCAGACAUUAUAAAGGCUGUUAGGAAUUAUACGGCAUUCCAUUUCCAUUCCAUUUAGUUUGUAUUGAAUAUCAAUUUUCUUUAAAACCAGUAAUUGAUAAUAUUCAUUCCAAUGAAUUUGUUGUGCAAGUCAUUCCAGCUUAGCUUCUUGUGUAGUACAGUACAGUAGUUUUCAAGCCCAGGGAUUGUUUAUAUUUUCACGGGAAUCAACUUAUCAUUUCUCUUGUGUUUUAGUGAUUGACCCUCAUACUUAAAAAGUAAUAGAACUGUGCCACUUUUUCUGACAAUACGUGUACGUCUGAUAAUACGUAGUACGACUGAUAAUGCAAAAUGACUAUACUUUAAGACGAGUGUUACUUGGGCAAGCUUACACCAGCAUGAAGCAAAGAAAGAAGUACAAAUGGGCAAUACGUGGAAAUAGAGGUGUACUGAUGUAUUGGUAUCUGCCCCCCCCCCCCCCCCCCCCCCACCUUAAGCAAACUUGGGUGUUUAGAUAUUUAUAUCCACACCUCCUUGAGGUUACCUUGAGGUGCUUCCGGGGCUUAGCGUCCCCGCGGCCCGGUUGUCGACUAGGCCUCCUGGUUGCCGGAUUGAUCAACCAGGCUGUUGGACGCGGCUGCUCGCAGCCUGGUUGAUCAGGUAUCCUUUGGAGGUGCUUAUCCAGUUCUCUCUUGAACACUGUGAGGGGUCGGCCAGUUAUGCCCUCUAGGAUAUAAACGUCACAAUAAGCGUACCUUGAAAUGUAUAUUGAGUAGGGAUGGUAAAUGUAGCUGUUUGGCUGCAGGGGUACACGAAUAGAGAAAAGAGGAAGUUAUGUUUAUCUUUUCACUUUGAGAACAAUGCCAACUAGUCUCUUACAUUAAAUUGCCUACAAGUGUUUAAAUUGGUAUACAUAGUACUGUAUAUCCGUGCAUCUGUUCAUGUGCAGAUUAUUCUGAUUCUGCAUGCUAUGUUUAUGAAUUAAGUGAAUAGAAAGGAAGGUAAAUGGUACAAACAUUCACUGUAAAUUUGUGAAAUAGAAUACUGUUGGUAUGUUUUA